UCAAGGCGAUAUGACCUCUCGUGACAGCAGAGACGUAGCCGCAUCGCUUCACGCUCUUUGCAGCCACUUCAUCAGCGACACAGGCAAUGCAUUACGUGUAUACAAACACUGUCUACGUCUUUUGACCAGUCAGCCGAGUGCUGUUGUUCCCGAUGACUUCAAAGUUGUAGAGAGAAUUAAGAAGAGAAUUUUGAAGCAUCAGGGUGAGUCUGAUGCUGUUCGUUUUUCUGAAUUAUAUCGUUGUUUGGAAUCUCAGGCUGCUAUAGUUAAGCCUCAAUCAAUUGUCUACUUUCUGUUGCUUGUUGCUGAGGAUAACAUGAGGACAGGAAGUUCACUGAACACUGACUGGCUCUUGACGAGAUCUAGCUGUCAAGAUGCUGCUUUCUCAUCUCGUUCUAGUGGCAUUGGCUCAACUGUCAGUUCCAGCGACAGAAAUUCAUGGCUACCGAAGUCUCACAGUUCCCACAUGUCCAGAUAUAUCAGAUCAAGUGGCACUGAUAAAUCUGCUUCUACGCCAUCAACAAUAGCAAAGACUGUGAUUGAGAGGUCAACUAGCCAGUUGAUGCACACAUUAGAACAAACAAUGAUUCCUCUACAAAGUACACCGAUGUUUGCUGCCGGACAAUCAAAACAAGCUGAUAUGUCUUCUGAGAGUAAUAGUGGUGAAAAAGUGCUUUUACGUAGAGCACCAGUAUUCAAACCAUACAGUGAAGCUGAAAAUACAUCAUUUGAGGUGACUGAAGCUGAUCUGGUGCGAGACAUUGUCUAUGUACUACAAGGUAUUGAUGGCAAGUAUGUGAAAUUUGAUGCUGCAAGUGACAUGUACAAGGUAGAUUCAAAGGUUGGUGUUCCUCAGACUGUUAGAGACCUAGUUGGGAAGCUUGCUGAGCUAGGAUGGUUGUAUAGACGUGUAAAUUCAUUUGUAGCAAAGCAAUCUAACAACAGAACUAUUGGCCUAGUCGGACAGAGUUUUUGUGCGGCCUUGGCCCAUGAAUUGUCUCAGUAUUACCAGCUUAUUUCAGUUCUUCAAUCACAGCAAGGCAUUUCUGGUGAUGGUUACAAUCGUCUCACACUGAGACGUCUUGUUGUGUGGACUUAUGACCCAGUCAGAAGACUGAAGGUUUUAGCAACCCUUGUUGAUGCGUCUAAAGGUUUGAAGGGAGGAGCUCUUGCUUCUGCUAUUCAUUUGCACUUGCACGAUGGAGAUCCAUUCAAUCAGACUUUGGUGGGACACAUUCUUCGUCAUGUAGCUCGACCAUUGCGAUAUCUCAUUGAUCAGUGGGUGUAUGAGGGGGAACUUUGUGACAUAUAUGAUGAGUUUUUUGUUGCUUGUGAUGUGAAUGUUUCUGAGGAGAGGCUAUGGUAUGACAAGUACUCAGUGAGAGAGGCAAUGUUACCUUCUUUUGUGCCUCUGAAACUUGCUCAGAAGAUUCUUCUGAUUGGGAAAUCUAUUAAUUUCUUGAGGCAUGCAUGCCAUGAGAGAGGAGCAAUUGGAAUUAGAGCAAAGGCCCCGAGAGACGAAGGAGCUGCCACAGUGGAGUUAACAUGUGGAGAUAUCCCAGGAUCUCCUCUUCACCAAAGUGUUGAUCUUGCAUAUAGAGAAACAAGCAAGAGAUUGUUGGAGAUCUUGCAUACAAAGUACAAGUUUAUGGAUCACUUGAAGGCAUUGAGGCGCUAUCUUUUGUUAGGGCAAGGCGAUUUUAUACGGCACCUCAUGGACUUACUCGAACCAGACUUGGUUCAAGAUGCUUCCCUAUUGUAUCUUUACAACUUGACUGGGACACUGGAGAGUGCUGUUCGCUCGACCAAUGCCCAAUUUGAAGAGCCAGAUAUUCUCAAACGACUGGAUGUCAGGCUAUUAGAGCUGUCACCUGGAGACACUGGAUGGGAUGUGUUCAGUUUGGAUUAUCACGUCGAUGGCCCAAUCAGCACAGUCUUCACUCGUGAAACUAUGCUACGUUAUCUUAGAACAUUCAACUUCCUGUGGCGAGCUAAACGCAUGGAACACAGUCUUUCGUCAGUGUGGAAAACACAGGCAUCCUACAAUCGUCAAAUACAGAAAAUGACUGAAAUGGCGCCAGUUCUUUACCAAUGCCAUCUGCUUACAGCCUCGAUGAUGCACUUUGUUCAUCAGAUGCAGUACUACAUUACAUUUGAAGUUCUUGAGUGUGGAUGGGCUGACUUAGAGAAAGCAGUAGGUCAAGCUCGUGAUCUCGAUCAGGUCAUUUCGGCUCACACCACGUUUUUAGACAACAUCACAUCAAGAGCUCUUCUUCAUCCAUCAUCUCAGACAUUGCUGCGUCAGUUGCGGACGGUUUUUGAUCUUAUUGUGCAAUUUCAACGCGCCCAGGACGACGUGUACACGACGGUUCUGGCAGAGCUCAAGCGCAGGGAUGAGUGGCAGCAGGCCAUCGAUCGACGUGGGGAUAAGGGUCAGUGGGGCGUUACUGAAAGCCAGGUUGCCGCGUAUGAAAGCCGAACACGUCGAUUUAGAGAGUCAGAACUGCUGAAAAUGAGAGCUCGUCUCGGUGUUCUCUCCAAGUCGUACGAGGACACGGUGCAGCAAUUUCUAGCUUCACUCAGCGCACAAGAAGAUGUGAAUUUGAGAUUUCUCUGCUUCAGACUCGAUUUCAACGAACAUUACCGGUCGCCUCGUCUUGUAAACCGAAACAGUGCCGAUGGCACCUUGUAGUGCAUCGAGUAUUCUGCCCUUGAGGCAGACGCUGAUCGUACACGAACAAGUUUCGUUGAUUGGCAGCGCUCUGUUAUUACAAGUGCCUCGGGCUUGAUGUAGGGUAUCUCCAUAUCAAUGUAAGUAGUUAAGUAGUACAACCUAUUACAUUGAUGUGUUUACUAUUAUUUUGCGGGGAGACGCAGGCAGUUACCAGGGACCGGUAACGUGGUUGCUGCCGAGAUGUGGUACCCUGGCAGUGCGGUCUAUUAAAUAGUAAUUAGGCGGAAAGUUGUUUCAACGGUCUUAACGUUGGAUUUGGAAAGUGGGCGGUGUAAUAUGUGCCAAUGGGCAGCACUUGGAUGGGCGCUUGCUUUCAGGUGAAAUUCGAGAGCUUGCUAAGCUUAUGUUCAGUCGACGCUCAUUGUGCGGCGAAACACAGGUGAGUGUUGUUGUGUGAAGAUGCACGGAUGCCCGUGCUGUCCGUCGGUGGCAUGCAGCUGCGUUGAUUGUCGGUCAGGUGAAAUGACACUUGUCGAGGUGUCAACGGUGCUGCGCUUGAAAUUUCUCUAUUUUGUUUUUCACUCGACGAGGUGUGCGUGGUGUUGCGGUUAAAUGUCCCAUUUGGUCAGUUUGCCUGCAUAAAUUGUCUCCGAGGCGAAGGAAGCGCCUCCUUCUCGACGUCGUUUCGCUCACCGACCACCGAUAUAUUUUUGUAUAAAGCUGCGUAUAUUCGAUUCAGGUUUUUCAUUUGGCGUUUACUGAAAGACUGAGCGGUAUUGUCGUCGUCGAGACUGAGACGUGGAGGCGUUGUUGAACAUGAAGCAGCCGAUGUUGUCACAAAUUUUACUGCUAGCUUUCCUCUUUCAGUCCGCAGUUGCAUCUAGCGUUACUAACUUUGAAGACGAACACUCGGACAAUCCGGUAUCGUUUCCCGCAUCUUCUAGUCUGUCUCAGGAACGAGGGAGUCUACAUCGGAAUCGUACUACUUCAUCAAUCAUCGAAGCCAGUCGGUCACGUCAGCGUCAACCUAGUCGAUGCGGUACGCGGUCUUUCGUACUCGCCAUCUCUCAUCCGAAUUGCACGUCGAGAAGAGUGAGCGUCCAAGGCUGCAUUGGACAUUGCACGUCAUCUGCUGUUCCUGUUUUUGCGAGACGCAGUCCGACAACUCUCGUCAGUACGUGUCGGUGUUGUCGUCCCGUCGCGGAGCGCACCGGUUACGUACUGCUUCAGUGCCGUCUUCACUCUCGCUCGACCGUGAGACGCGUUAACAUCCGAGCCGCCACCGUUUGUAACUGUAGGCCUUGUACCUCCGACGUUUGAACUGUGUACUUUUCCGAACGUGUGACGUCAGUUGUUAGUAUGAAGCAGAUGGCUGUACAUAUUUCUCCACUGACGGAAUCUUUAUUGUUCGAUGCUGUAGACGAGUAGGGAUUGUAUUGCAUUACAGUUUUACAGGUCUAAUGUUUCAGUUUUUGGUUGUGAUUAUUGUUUUGCUAGCUAGUGAUGGAUUAAUUACUAGUAAAGAAAUAAAGUGUAUAAGUUCGC